UCAAGUUGUUUUUGUACUUUUCUGGUUGUUUUUAGUUUACACUUAGCACCGCUAGGUCAACACAAAUGUGUGUGUGUGUUGAAACAACUAAAUUUGGACUCGAUUCAACACUCGGUUAGAUUUGGACUCCUAUAGUAAACUUUCGUUCAAGUUAGUUAACUUACUAUCUCAUGCAGAGAGUGUGUGGAAUUGAACUCUUCAAACUACAAAAUGAAAGAACACAGGCUUAAUCGAGCCAAUCGUCGUCUGCUGAUUCUUCUUUCCGCCAUUUCCCUUCUUAUUGUUGUUAUUGUCGGAGCAGUCGUGUGGAAGGUAACAAAAGAUGCCUACCAAGUUGGGACUGUUUCCGGUCUCAACGAAAAGACGGCAUUGCCUGACUUGACAACUCCUCCUGCCACGAGAAAAAACACAUAUUCUUCAGAGGAGUUAAGACAAAAGCCAUGGCUUUCAUUGAGAAUGCCACGCAACGUGUUACCAAUUCAUUACGACAUCACCAUGUUCCCAGAUUUCUACGGCAAUGGCAGUACAUUUUACGGCAAUGAAACUAUAGAAUUGCAGGUCACAAGUCCAACACAGUUUAUUCUGCUGCAUGUCCACACUGUCUACAUGAAUGUGACCGCUGCUAACGUUGUGGACAACUUGACCGGCACUGAACUUGAUGUAGCCAGAACGUUUUACUAUCUUCCCAAUGAGUACUUUGUCAUUGAGACUAGCCGACCAGUUGACCGCCCCGUACGAGUGAAGGUUCAGUUUGAAGGUAGUUUGACCAAGACUAUUGUUGGGAUCUACAAGAGUACAUACUACAAUACCAUCACCAAGAAGCAAAGUCAACUGGCUACCUCCAAGUUUGAGCCCACAUUUGCAAGACAAGCUUUCCCGUGUUUUGAUGAGCCGAAUAUUAAAGCUGAAUUUACUAUAAGUCUACUGCACAGGCCUGAAUACAUAGCACUGUCUAAUAUGCCGCUCUCUGAACAGCCAAGACCCUCGGACCAUGCAGACAGCUUGUACGUGUCCAGGUUUCAAAGGUCAGUUAAAAUGAGCACCUACUUGGUCUGCUUCAUCGUGUGUGACUUCAACUUCACGGAAACAGUUUCAAACUCUGGAAUCAAUAUUCGAGUGUAUUCAACACCAGACAAAGUUGAUCAAACAUUGUAUGCCCUUGACAUGGCCAAACAUACAUUAGACAUAUAUGAAGAAAUGUUUAAUAUGAGCUAUCCUCUACCGAAACAAGAUCUUAUUGCCAUUCCUGAUUUUGUAUCUGGUGCCAUGGAACAUUGGGGUCUGAUGACCUUCAGGGAGAGCAGACUGCUGUAUAACCCAAACAGCUCAUCGAUACCUGAUCAGAUCAACGUUGCUUUGGUGGUUGCACAUGAGAUGGCCCAUCAAUGGUUUGGCAACAUUGUCACCAUGGAUUGGUGGAACGAUCUCUGGCUAAACGAAGGCUUCGCAAGUUUUAUGGAGUAUCUUGGUGUAGACGGCAAAGAAACAGACUGGGAUAUUCUCAACAAAUUCUUGGACUUUGACCUUUUCCCAGUGAUGACUGAAGACAGUCAGAUCUCAUCACAUCCAAUUAUUGUUGACGUCCAUUCACCCAAUGAAGUAAAUUCAGUUUUCGAUGCCAUCUCCUACUCAAAGGGUGCUUCUGUUAUUCGAAUGCUGGAAGCUAUGAUUGGCAAGAAAACUUUCUUUGAUGGGGUGUCAAAAUAUCUAAAGGACUUCCAAUGGGGCAAUGCCAGAACAGAUGAUUUGUGGCAGGCUCUUUCUGAUGUCAGUGAGGACUAUAACGUAAAGCAUGUGAUGGACACUUGGACAAUCCAAGAUGGGUUUCCGUAUAUCAACCUAAGUUUAAACCAAGACAGUUCUGGUCAAACUAUUAUCUCCGCAACACAGAAAAGGUUUUUAAUUUCUUCCAGUAGUGAAGUGGAUGAAAGCAAAUCUCCGUUCAAAUAUAAAUGGUAUGUCUCCUUGGAUUACCUCACAUCGGAAAAUGUGUCAGGAAAAGAAAUUAUGGACAUGAAGAAUAUUAAUGUGACUAAAGACUUCGAUUUGUCGAGUCCCAACAGUUGGAUCAAAUGUAACCAUGGUCAGAUGGGCUUCUACAUUGUUCUUUAUCCAAAUGAAAUGUGGCUUAAAUUCUCCAACUACUUACAACAGACGCCAUCUAGUAGCUGGCUCCUGUCCAAUGCUGACCGUGCAGGUCUGAUCAACGAUGUCUUCCUUCUGGCAGAAUCAGGGAAGCUCUCCUAUGAUACAGCUCUGGAGAUGUUGAGCUAUCUGUCACAAGAAAACGACUAUUUGCCUUGGACGACAGCCAACCGAAGAGCCUUUAGUUAUAUAAGCACGAUGCUAUCUCAUGAUUCUAGCUACAUACUUUGGAAGAAGUUUCUUGCUGCUAUCAUCAAGCCUAUUAUAGAAAGACUCGGUUUUGAGGAUACUGGAACUAACAAUGACAGACAACUCAGAGCUCUACUCCUGGACAAGGGAUGUUCUGUAGAGAUCAAUUCUAUAGUUCGCAAUGUCACACAGUUGUUUCGUCAUUGGUUGGAUCAAAAUAUUAAACCCUCGGCCAAUAUAAAGAGAGUCGUAUAUAACUAUGGAAUGAAAUAUGGAGGCACAGAUAGUGAUUGGCAGUUGGUUUGGGACAAAUACUUGACAGAAUCUUCUCCUCAAGAAAAAGAAGCACUGGCCGUAUCACUGAGUCGUGUGCAAAAACCGUAUCUAAUUUCUAAAUUGCUUGAUAAUAUGAAAACCCAAAACGGCAUUAAAACUCAAGACUUCUUCACUCUAGUAACUCACGUUAGUGCUAACCAAGUAGCCAAUCAUAUCGUCUGGGACUGGGCGAGACAAAACUAUCAAUUUUUCACAGAAAGAUUUACAAUUAACAACAGAAAUUUUGGACGAAUGGUGUUCUACAUUGUCAGAAACUACGCGACGGAGGUGAAGCUACAAGAAGUGAAAGAUUUGUUUAGCCGAUUCCCCGAUGCUGGGGCUGGAGAAAGAUUCCGCAGAAUGGCCAUCGAGACCAUUGAGACAAAUAUGUCUUGGAUGAAAGUGUACAAACCAGUCAUUGCGAAUUGGCUGCAGACCCACGUAGCAAAGUAAAAGUUUGCUUUCUUUUUUUGUAUUAUUUGUUGCUUCUCCCCCCCCCCCCUCUGAGCUAUUGAGCCAAGAACAAAGAUGGAUGUACACCAGUAGACCACAAGGUCUGAGAGGGGAACUAGUUACUUUACUUACAACUAGUAGAUCAUAUGUUUUAGUAGUUUACGACCAAUGGAUAGUGGAUGUACAUUUGAUGACGUAUUUGAGAGCCAAUGUUGCAUUGAACUAAUGGUACUGAAUGAAAAAAAGAAAGAAAUUAAAAAUGGAUAUAAUAGUCUUGGGUGUAAAGUUCAAUGGAUUUGUAUGAGUAUAGAAAUAAAAAUUGCUGUUUCGACCAUUACUGAUAUAUAUUUAUGACCACGUAAAUUGGCUGUUAAAUGUUUGUCUAUUAUAGUGGUAUCUGAAAUACUAUAAUGUCAAAAAUAAUCAUUACACAUGGAAUAAGAAAGGUACUAAUUCAAUUGACAACUACAAUUUCUUUCCCUUGUUUGGUGUCAAAUAGAAUAAUUAAAAAUAAUUAAUUAACUAA